GAAAGGGGCAAAGAACGGAAAAAUGAGAAAUGAACACGAAGGUUUCGUCUUGCAGACCAAGAACAACUAAGAACGAUAUAUAGAGAGAACAUACAUAAUAUACCAUAUACACAUACACACACAUAUAUAUAGAGAGAGUUUAUCAGAGAGAUUCGUCUCCGGUUAUUCUUUCUCACGGUGUUCAUCGAUCUGCGUGCUUCUUCGAGUCCAUCUCUUACGUUGUUCGAUCCGAAAGCUCUCAAGAUUCGCUUGUCGAUCCAUCGACUCAGCUCUUUGGUUUCGUCCGCGUCGGGCUGCUGUGAAGAUUGAUAGCGCUGAAGGAAUUGCAGUAUGAGCAUCGAUAGCCCCGGUGAAGGGGAGAAUUAGGGUUCGCUUGGUUUUUCGGGCACUGAUUGGACUUCCAUGGGCGAUGGCGGCAUUGCAUGUGUGUCUUUACAGCCUAUUAUGGAACGCUUUUCGAUUUCCGAGACUUUUUGCGGAGGCAACAAUGGUAAGUUCACUUCUAAGGCGCUCAAGUUUGCAGAGCGAAAGAUGAAGAUGAAGGUGAAAAGAGAGGAGCUUGUGAAGAAAACAGAGUUAGGAAAGAGCGAAUUGGGUUCUGAAAGAGGGAAAAAUAGUAGUAGAAAAGUUGACAAUGGUGAAGUAUUUGUAGAUAAGGAGCAGAAAGAGGAAGUAGAAGAAGGUGAAUUGGGUUCAUUGAAGUGGCCAAAAGGGGAGGUGGAGAAUGGGGAGUUCAUUCCUGAAAAGCCACAAAAAUUCAAAAUUAAGAGCGAAAUUGAGAAGGGAGAAUUUGUAGUUGAGAACUGGAGGAAAGGGGAAGUAGAGAAGGGGGAAUUUCUUCAUGGGAAGUGGCGAAAAGGGGAUGUAGAUAGAGGGGACUUCAGUUCUGGGAGGUCUCGGGGUGAUGAUGUUCCAGAGAAGUUUAGAAGACGGGAGCCAGAAAGGGAGGAAAUUGGCUCGUGGAGAGGCUCCAAAGAUGACGUGGAGAAAGGAGAGUUUAUUCCAGAAAGAUGGCAUAAAAGUGAAAUGGUGAAGGAUGAGUAUAGGUACGCAAAGAUGCGCCGUGAUGAUUCAGCUAAGGACAAGGGUUGGAAAUGUGAUCGCGAGUGGACACCGCCUUCUGCGAAAUAUUCAGCUGAAAAAGAAUUGAAUAGAAGCGGGAGUCAGCAUGUGAAAAGGUCUUCCAGGUGGGAAACUGGCCAAGAGAGAAACCCAAGGAUAAGUUCAAAAAUUGUAGAAGAAGAAGGUUCCCUGAAGAUUGAACACAGCAAUGGUAGAAAUCAUGGGAGAGAAUACUCAUCUGGAAACCGAUUGAAGCGGCAUUGUAAUGACUCGGAUAGCAGUGAGUGGAAACACCAUGGAGAGUACAGUGAUUAUACAAGCAUAAAAAGCAUUAGGAUUUCUGAUGGGGGCAAUCGUUCUGCAUGCGCAGAGCAGUAUUCACGAUGUUCUGUUGAGAGGUCAUAUAAAAAUUCUUCUUCAUCCAGGAAUAUUUCCUCUGACAAGUACUCUUCUAGGCAUUAUGAAUCUUCUUCCUCUUCCAGAAUAGUUUAUGACAAGCAUGGUAGGAGCCCACGCCAUCCUGAACGGUCCCCACGUGACCGGGCCCGCUAUCUUGAUUACCGGGAUCGUAGUCCAAUCGGCCGUGAAAGGUCACCAUAUGAACGGGCUCAUCACUAUGAUCGUAGAAACCGGAGCCCUAGUAAUUCAGGACGGUCCCCACAAGAUCGAGUACGAUACCUUGAUCGUAGGGAGCGGACUCCAAACUUAUUGGACCGGUCCCCACAUGAUCGGAGUAGGCCCAAUAAUUACCGGGAAGCAAGUCGAAGAACUGGAGCAAGCGAAAUGCGAUACUCUCAUUAUGCGAAUAAAGGAAAAGAAGAGAAGCUCAAUCAGAAGGAUCCUUUUGGAAGAGAUUCACAUUUCUCAGCUAAAGAAUCUCAGGAUAGAAGUAAUUUGCAUAAUGAUGACGGUUCCACUGAGAAAACUGCCAACCCGCUGUCUCAAGAGCAAGAGCAGACUCAGAGUCCAAGUGUGACUUGUAAAGAAUCUCCUCAGGUUAAUGGAACUAUUGAAGAGCUUCCUUCUAUGGAAGAAGACAUGGAUAUAUGUGACACACCGCCACAUGUCCCAAUUGUGGCAGAUACAACAACUGGGAAAUGGUUCUACCUUGAUCAUUUUGGUGUGGAACGUGGGCCUUCCAAAUUGUGUGACCUUAAGAAACUUGUGGAAGAAGGCUUUAUUGUGUCUGAUCAUUUGAUUAAACACUUAGACAGUGACAGGUGGGUAGCUGUUGAAAAUGCGGUUUCCCCUAUGGUGGCAAUGAAUUUUCCGUCCAUUGCAUCAGACAUUGUUACUCAGCUCGUAAACCCUCCUGAGGCCCCUGGUAAUGUAUUGGCAGAUGUUGGAGAUGCUGUGCAGUCUUGUAAUCAGCUAGCUGAUGACACACCAGCCAGUUUGCCGGAGGCAAUGUUCUGCCCUGAUGACAGUUUAGUUGCAUCAGAGAAUUUAGAAGAUCUCCAUAUUGAUGAAAGAGUUGGAGCAUUUUUGGAGGGUGUCACUGUUGUUCCUGGCAGGGAACUAGAGACAGUAGGGGAAGUUCUGCGUAUGACGUUUGAGCAUGAAGAGUGGGAGAGAUGGGGAAACUUCGAAGAUUUCACUUGGCAUCGAUCUUGCACUGGGGAACAGUAUGACCAAGGAACAGUUGAGGGCUUGCUGAGGUGCACUGAACUUGCCUUAAAAGAAGUUACAGAAUCAAGGUCAAGCGCAGCUUUUGACAAGGAAAAUGCUUUUGCAUGUGACGACACCGGCGACUGGUUCUCUGGCCGACUGUCAUGCAAGGGUGGGGAUUGGAAGAGAAAUGAUGAAGCUGCCCAAGAUAGAUCCUGGAAAAAGAAAUUUGUCCUCAAUGAUGGAUACCCACUGUGUCAGAUGCCAAAGUCUGGUUAUGAGGACCCUCGGUGGCCUAGAAAAGAUGAACUGUAUUAUCCUUCUCAGAGUAGAAGGCUUGAUCUUCCACCUUGGGCCUUUUCCUUGCCAGACGAGUGGAAUGAUUGUAAUGGUGUCAGCAGAUUGAGUCAAACUAAACCUAUUGUGGUAAGGGGAGUGAGAGGAACCAUGCUCCCAGUGGUCAGGAUAAAUUCGUGUGUUGUCAAGGACCAUGGAUCAUUUGUCUCUGAAUCCCGCACGAAAAUCAGAGGAAAAGAAAGAUAUUCUUCAAGGUCCACUCGGGCACACUCUGCAACUGGUGAUGUGAAGAGAUCAUUGGAAGAAGGCGUUUCUCGUCCUAAUGUCAUUCAGGACCAAGACUCACAAGGCUCUUGGAACAGUAUCACAUCUAUUGGUGCCCCAAAAGACCGUCUUUGCACAGCAGGUGACUUACAAUUACACUUGGGUGACUGGUAUUACCUUGAUGGUGCUGGGCAUGAACGAGGGCCUGCGUCAUUUUCAGAGCUGCAAGUUUUGGUAGAUCAAGGAAUCAUCCAGAAGAAUAGCAGUGCUUUCAGAAAAAUUGAUAAAGUUUGGGUUCCGGUUACCUCUGCAGCAGAGGCUUCAGAGACUGCUCACAGUAUCAAACACGAGACAAAUGCAACAUCCAGUGAUAGUUCUGGAGCUUCUCUUUUAAAUUCACAGAGUGCUGUGUUUAAUAGAAGCAGCAAAGCUUUUAUUUCAUUCCAUAGCUUGCAUCCACAGUUCGUUGGUUAUACUCGAGGGAAGCUUCAUGAGUUGGUCAUGAAAUCAUAUAAGAGCCGGGAGUUCGCAGCAGCUAUAAAUGAGGUCUUAGAUCCAUGGAUUACUGCUAAACAGCCAAAAAAGGAGAUGGAAAAACACCUGUAUAACCCAGCUGUUGGUAAUAAAUUCCAAAAAUCAGAUCAAUUUCGUGCUGGCAAAAGAGCAAGGUUGCUGGUUGAUGGAAGUGAAGAAGAGUACGAAAUGGAGGAAGAAAUACCAACUGUUCAUAAGGUUGAAUGCACGUUUGAUGAUUUGCUUGGUAAUGCUACUUUUAAUGAAGAAGAAAAUGCCGGUUCUGAAAUUGAGACGGGGAGCUGGGGUCUACUCAAUGGUUGUGUGCUGGCACGAGUCUUCCAUAUCCUUAGUGCUGAUGUGAAAUCUCUUGUUAUUGCUGCUUUAACUUGUAAGCACUGGAGAUCUGUUGUCAAAUUCUACAAGGACAUCUCCAGACAGGUUGACUUGUCAGCAGUUACCACUUAUUGCACCGAUUUCACAAUCCGUGAUAUCAUGAGUGGUUACAACAAAGAAAAGAUUACUUCCUUUGUUCUACUUGGUUGCACCAAUGUUAGUUCCAGCAUUCUUGAAGAAAUUCUCCACUCGUUCACUUGCUUAUCAUACAUAGAUAUCAGAGGUUGCAACCAAUUCGAGGAGUUGGUAAAUAGAUUUCCAAAUAUUAAUUGGAUCAAGUCCCGGGGUUCACAUUCAAAAAUAAAGAGUCUUAAACACAUAAAUGAGAAAAGUUCAUCAGUCUUUAGAACUCAUAACGGUCUGGAUUCUCCAAUGGAAGAUUCCAGUGGACUGAGAGAUUAUUUUGAAAGUUUGGACAGGAGAGACUCGGUAAACCAGUUCUUCCGCCAGAACUUGUACAAGCGUUCAAAACUUUUUGAUGCCAGAAGGUCCUCGUCCAUCUUUUCUAGGGGUGCCCAUUUGAGGCGUUUGGCCAUCAAGAAAUCCGAAAAUGGCUAUAAGAGGGUGAAGGAAUUUCUUGCUUUGAGUCUGAAGGACAUCAUGAAGGAGAAUACCUUUGAUUUCUUUGUGCCCAAGGUUGCCGAAAUUGAGGAUAGGAUGAAGAAUGGUUAUUAUGCUGGCCACGGCUUGAGUUCCGUCAAGGACGAUAUAAGUCGAAUGUGCAGGGAUGCAAUAAAAGUGAAAAAUCGUGCUGACGCUAGAGACAUGAAUCGCAUUAUUACAUUAUUUAUCCAGCUUGCCACGCGUCUGGAGGGGAGUUCUAAGCCUUCUCAUGAGACAUAUGAGACAAUGAAGACUUGGAAAGACGAUUCAUCUGCAGGAUUCUUCUCAGCUACCUCAAAAUAUAAGAAAAUCAAUAAAGUGACUGAAAGGAAACACAUGUAUAGGAGUAAUGGAACCUCCUUCGUUAAUGGUGGUUCUGAUUAUGGAGAGUAUGCAUCUGAUCGAGAAAUUAAAAGGCGAUUAUCCAGGCUGAAUAAAAAAAGUAUGGAUUCAGGAAGUGAGACGUCAGAUGACCUAGACCGGUCGUCUGAAGAAACAAGGACUGAUAGUGAGAGUACUGUCUCAGAUACAGAAAGUGACUCUGAUUUCCGCUCAGAAGGUGGAACUGGUGUAUCAAGAGGAGAUGCAUACUUCACAGCAGAUGAUGGGUUUGAUUCUCUGACAGAUGACCGUGAAUGGGGUGCUCGAAUGACAAAAUCUAGCCUUGUUCCUCCUGUAACUAGGAAAUAUGAAGUCAUUGAUCAGUAUGUUAUUGUAGCAGAUGAGGAGGAAGUGCAAAGGAAGAUGCAAGUGUCAUUACCUGAGGAUUAUGAUGAGAAGCUAAAUUCUCAGAAAAGCGGCACUGAGGAGUCUGACAUGGAAAUUCCAGAAGUUAAGGACUAUAAACCUCGAAAACAGCUUGGAGAUGAGGUGGUAGAACAAGAAGUUUACGGAAUAGAUCCGUACACUCAUAAUCUUUUACUCGAUUCCAUGCCUGAGGAUUGGCCUCUAGUGGAUAAGCAUUUGUUUAUUGAAGAUGUCCUCCUCCGUACUUUGAAUAAGCAUGUCAGGCACUUCACAGGCACUGGAAACACUCCUAUGAUGCAUCUUUUGAAGCCUGUUAUAGAAGAAAUCCUGGAAACUGCGGAGGAAGACCACGAAACACGAACUGUACAACUAUGCCUAUGUAUCCUGAAGGCAAUUGAUAGUCGUCCCGAGGACAAUUAUGUUGCUUAUAGAAAGGGACUUGGUGUUGUUUGCAACAAAGAAGGUGGUUUUGGCGAAGAGGAUUUUGUUGUAGAGUUUCUGGGAGAGGUUUAUCCUGCCUGGAAAUGGUUUGAGAAACAAGAUGGGAUUCGUUCCAUGCAAAAAAACAAUAAAGAUCCUGCACCGGAGUUCUACAACAUAUAUCUUGAGAGGCCAAAGGGUGAUGCUGAUGGGUAUGAUUUGGUGGUUGUUGAUGCAAUGCACAAGGCAAACUAUGCAAGUCGAAUUUGUCACUCAUGUCGACCUAAUUGUGAAGCAAAAGUUACUGCUGUUGAUGGCAAGUACCAGAUUGGAAUCUAUACUGUGCGCCCGAUUGGAUAUGGUGAAGAGGUUACCUUUGAUUAUAAUUCCGUUACGGAGAGUAAGGAAGAAUACGAAGCUUCUGUUUGUUUGUGUGGCAGCCAAGUUUGCCGUGGGAGCUAUUUGAAUCUGACUGGUGAAGGUGCUUUCCAGAAGGUACUGAAGGAUCGCCAUGGGAUACUGGAUCGACAUCACUUGAUGCUAGAGGCUUGUGAAUUGAAUUCAGUUUUGGAAGAAGAUUAUAUUGAUUUGGGCAAGGCUGGUCUUGGACGUUGUUUGCUAGGGGGGUUACCUGAUUGGCUAAUUGCGUACUCUGCGCGUCUGGUGAGGUUCAUCAAUUUUGAAAGAACUAAACUUCCUGAGGAGAUUUUAAAGCAUAAUUUGGAAGAAAAGAGAAAAUUCUUUGCAGAUAUAUGCCUGGAGGUUGAGAAAAGUGAUGCUGAGGUCCAGGCUGAGGGUGUCUACAACCAAAGACUUCAGAAUUUGGCUCUUACCCUUGACAAGGUAAGAUAUGUUAUGAGAUGUGUGUUUGGUGACCCAAAGAAAGCUCCACCUCCAUUGGAGAGGCUUAGUCCUGAAGCAGCAGUCUCCUUUCUCUGGAAAGGAGAGGGAUCGCUUGUUGAGGACCUUCUUCAGUGCAUGGCUCCUCAUAUGGAAGAUAGCAUGCUAAACGACCUCAAGUCCAAGAUUCAUGCUCAUGAUCCAUCUGGUUCUGAUGAUAUCCUAAAAAAGCUUCGGGAAUCUUUAAUAUGGUUGAGAGAUGAGGUCCGGAAUCUUCAGUGUACAUAUAAGAGUCGGCAUGAUGCCGCUGCUGACUUGAUUCACAUUUAUGCUCACACAAAGUGCUUCUAUAGAGUGCGGGAAUACGAGAGGGUAACUUCAUCACCUGUCUACAUCAGUCCACUCGACCUGGGCCCCAAGUAUACCGAUAAUAUGGGGUCAGGUUUCCAGGAGUAUUGCAAGACAUAUGGUGAAAAUUAUUGUCUAGGGCAGCUGAUUUAUUGGCAUAACCAGGCAAAUGCUGAGCCGGAUUGUAGCCUAUCUAGAGCAAGCAGGGGUUGCUUGUCAUUGCCCGAUAUUGGUUCCUUCUAUGCCAAGGUCCAAAAACCAUCACGGCAGCGUGUUUAUGGGCCUAGGACUGUGAAAUUUAUGCUGGCAAGAAUGGAGAAGCAGCCCCAGAGACCCUGGCCCAAGGACCGGAUAUGGUCAUUCAAGAGUUCUCCAAAAGUUUUUGGCAGUCCAAUGCUAGAUGCCGUUUUGCGUGAUUCUCCACUGGACAAAGAAUUGGUACAUUGGUUGAAGCACAGACCUUCUAUUUUUCAGGCCAUGUGGGAUCGGUGAAAUUUCUAAAGUUCAGGCUUAGGCUUCUUUAGGCUUCAAGGAAGCAGCUGGGGAAUUAUUAGCCAACCUGUAAUUGUCUCGGAAUGAUCUCUCAAGUUUAGGUUUAGCUGCCCUCAUUUGAUGUGGGAGCUUGUGAUCAUUUCGAAGCAACAUUCUUUAUGCUGCUUUUCUUCAUUCUUGUGUACAGUUUUUGGGUCCUAAAUUUUGUAAUUUGUAAUUCAUUAUUCGCAGUGGGUCAUUGUUCA